AAUUAAAUACAAUUCAUUAUUCAAUGUGGCAAAUAUUCAAUUUCUCGCAUGUAUUUCUCUGAGAUAUACAGAAAUUAGACAUCUAUAGUUCUAGACAUUUUUUGGUCGGAAAUAGAGAGAGAGAGAGAGAGUGGCAGUUGGGAGUCAUUUUAUUUUUAGCACUUUAAAACACCCACCCUACUCAGAGAACAUUAUUUUUAAAGUUACGGUGUAGUGAGCUUUCCCAAUAGAAUAUCUAACCAAUAUCCAUGCGUUUGACUCCUAAACUUAAAUAGCAGUGCUUUCUGCAAGAGGAUAGAAUACUGUCCAUGAUAUCUUUGUUCCUGCCUCUGUUAUCUAUGGGGGCGGGUCAAAGGAAGUAAAAUAUGCAGUCUCUUAACUCCAGUUUUCUCUCAAAUUCUACAUACAAGAUUCCCUUUGUGGGAAAAGUAUCAUUAUUGUAGGAGAUCUCGUACAUAAAAAAGAUAAUAUAAAAAAUGUCGAUAAAAGUAACAGAACUUGAAAGUCAAACGAUAAUACGUUCAUACUUGUUAAAAGUGAAGUGUUUACAUCUUCUUCAUAGCAUGUUCUCAGGGUUACAUAGGCAACUUACAUUAGUAAAAUUAAUUACCGUAAUAGUUAUAGUAUUUAUGACGCUUAUAUUCUUAUUGAAUUUAAUAUAUAAUUCAUGUUCACACAUAAGCAAACAUUUAAAGACUGCAAACUAUAUCCAUAAUGGAAAUUACAAACAUAGCAAUGCAAUUAGCAAUAAAUCUACUUUCAUUAAUUUGUCAGUAGAAGAAAUGAAAAAUGUAAGGAUUCAAUUAAACAUCAGGAAAACCGAGUUAGAACGGUAUUGUGAAACCAUGGGCAAAAAGGAUUCAAAUUUAGACAAUGUACUGGCAAACAUGGUUAUCGAUACAACACAUGGAAUAUCAUGGUGUCCGAUAUACAAGGCAGCAAGUUCGACUUGGAUGAAGCAUUUUGCAACCCUUGGAGGAGUAUUAACAGAGACAGCUAUGGAGUUGAUUCAUAGAGAUAUUUUACAAAUCAAUACCAUUGUGAGAAAAGCAUUUCCACGCGAUCGUGACAUGAAGAAAGCCUACCAAAAGCUGAACACAACGAAGAAAUUCCUGAUCGUUCGUCAUCCAUUUGAACGUCUUGUAUCCGCAUACAGAGAUAAAUUGGAACACAUAGAAGGAAGAGAUUAUUACUAUAAAAGAUUUGGACGGCACAUUACGCAUAAAUACCACCGAUACAGACAACCCAACGAAACUCAAUUAGAACCAACGUUUACAGAAUUUCUCCGUUUCAUAGUAGAAGAAAAAUACUUCGACGAACAUUGGGCACCAUUUGUCGACACAUGCGAACCUUGCUUAAUUAAGUAUAAUUACAUUUUGAAAUUUGAUACGUUCGAUCGAGAUCAACAGUUCCUAAUACAAGAAUUAGGUUUAAGAGAAUAUCUAUAUGAAAAAAGUGAUUUAAGAAAUAUAAAUCCGCGCGGAGUCACAACUACCGCUGUGGUUAAAGAGUAUAUGCAAAAUGUUCCUAGAUCGUUGCUCGACGAAAUUAAUAAGGUUUAUGAAACUGAUUUUAAAUUGUUUUCUUAUUUACCUGUGUAAUAUUUUAGGGUAUUUUACGUUAACAUUCAAACCAUAAAUGUGAUAAAUAGUUGCAUUUAAUCCAGAACUUCUGCAAUAAUGAUCUCUACUAUGAAGUUAAUAACUUCUGUAUUUCUUAACUGAAAUAAUUAUUUUGAUUGU